AAAUUGAACAUAUUACAUGUCACGCACGUUACCAUUAUCAUUAUUAUUAUCGUCACCACCUCACCCCCUCCAAUUCGAAUUCAACUUUGGUCGUGUUGGACUGGCGUAAAGAAAGAAAGAGGACCAACUCAUAGCCCACGAAGAAUAUUCUUCGAUAAUCAAAUUCCAGUUUUUACUGUUUCUUUCUUCCAAAACCACCGAAGCAAAACAAGAGCAGUAGACCUAGAACAAUGAUUUCAAACGCUGUUGUUUGAUUCCGUUCCGACGUGGCUGUUAAUUUAUUCCAACAAUGAAGCCCAUCGAGAGUUUCAAUGAUCUGAUCCAUGAGGCCAAGCUUCGCACUCUCUGGUGGGCCCUCUCUAUUUUUGCCGUUACUUAUUUCCUCACCAAUACAAGUAAAUCGAUGUGGAUGAAUGUACCAAUGUCCAUUCUAUUUGUUUGUGCUCUGCGCAUUCUUGUAAAUAAUGUGGAGUUUCGUUGGAAGGUUAAACGGCCUAGAUCAAAUACAUAUCUAUCUCAUUUGGAGAAAAAGCAGUUGUCUUUGAAUGAUCCUCGUCUCUCCAGUGCGCCUUCCCAGACAAAGUGGAAGAGGAAAAUUGAUUCUCCUGUUGUGGAGGAUGCAAUGGGUGAUUUCAUUGAUAAGAUUUUGAAGGAUUUCGUGGUUGAUUUAUGGUACUCGGAAAUUACUCCGGAUAGGGAGUUCCCCGAGCAGAUACGUGCAAUAAUCAUGGAUGUUCUUGCUGAAAUAUCAGCAAGGGUUAAAGAUAUAAACCUUGUUGACUUGUUGACUAGGGAUUUAGUUGAUUUAAUAGGCGAUCACUUGGAACUUUUCAGAAGAAAUCAAGCUUUUAUAGGUGUCGAUGUUAUGAAAACAUUAUCUUCAGAGGAGAGGGAUGACAGAUUGAAAUUCCAUUUGUUGAACUCUAAGGAGCUUCAUCCAGCACUAAUAUCUCCUGAGAGUGAGUACAAGGUUCUUCAGAGGCUAAUGAGUGCACUUUUAGCUACGGUACUGAAACAAAGAGAAGCGCAGUGUCCCGUGAUUCGCUCAAUAUCUCGGGAGCUUUUGACUUGCUUGGUGAUGCAGCCUAUUAUGAAUUUGGCAAGUCCUGGGUUUAUAAAUGAACUGAUUGAAUCCCUUCUACUUCUCCUCAACGAUGAUGGUAAAAAGUGGAUGGCUGGUGAUCAGUCGACUAAUGCAGCAAGUCAUCAUCACGGUCAUUCUGUAGCUACUGGGGGGAGACAUGACAAUCUCACAGCCUCUAACAAGCAUCCAUCUUUAAAUCAAGGAACCGACAUGAUAUUGGCUAAAAUGAGUGACCCGGUAGAGACAUCAUCACAAUAUAACGCACUCCAUCAAGAAUCUUCAGAGGCCAAGCCUGCUGAUUGGGCACGAAUGUUGGAGGUUGCAACUCAGAGGAGAACUGAAAUUCUUAUGCCUGAGAAUCUCGAGAACAUGUGGGCAAAAGGAAGGAAUUACAAAAGGAAAGAGAACAAAAUUGUCAAAACUGGAUUUCAGGAUCUUCCAACUAAGAGUCCUGCUACCGACAGUUCACUGCCUUAUCAAAAAAUGGCCCAGGAAACAUUAGCGAGUAAACGUGGAAAGUAUGAAGCUGCAGAAGGGAAGUCUUCUCCACCUUCAGAUCCGCUACAAAGAGUUGCUAUUACAAAUAGUUCAGAAUCUUCUCAUAUCCAUGACAAGAAAUUAUCUUUUGAGGGAGAGCUUGGAAUUGAUAAAGUGAAAGAGGGUACAAAGGGCUCUUCUUCUGAAGGGUAUAAAAGUUCACUAAAGAGGUCUAACAGUGCUUCUGCCUUGGGAAUCCAACCUAAUAAAGAAGGUGGUUCCAUUAUUUCAGAGUUUUACAACCCGGAAUUUGAGAGGCACAGUGAAGGAUUUCGGGGAAAGAGUUCUUCUGAUAUGAUAAUUAGAAAAGAGGGGCAAUUAGUUCCAAAGCUCAGGUGUCGGGUUAUGGGAGCAUAUUUUGAGAAAAUUGGGUCUGCAUGUUUUGCUGUCUACUCAAUUGCAGUGACUGAUGCACAAAAUAGAACUUGGUUUGUGAAAAGAAGAUACAGGAAUUUUGAGAGGUUGCAUCGACAACUUAAAGAUAUUCCAAAUUACACAUUACAUUUGCCUCCUAAAAGAAUAUUUUCCUCAAGCACUGAUGAUGCUUUUGUACAUCAACGAUGCAUUCAGCUUGAUAAAUAUCUCCAGGAUCUCCUAUCAAUAGCUAAUGUUGCUGAACAACAUGAAGUAUGGGACUUUUUUAGUGUUUCUUCAAAGAACUACUCUUUUGGGAAACCUUCUUCAGUGAUGAAGACCUUGGCAGUCAAUGUAGAUGAUGCUGUGGAUGAUAUUGUACGACAGUUCAAGGGGGUUUCAGGUGGCUUACUGCGAAAAGUUGGUGGAUCACCAACCCUCAUCAAUGAAGGAGCUUCUACAUCUACAACAUUGUACUUGCCCUGGAAUGCAGAUGAAUUGGAUAAAAGUACCUCAAGGCAGAGUACUACAGCAAGUGUGUUAAGUUCUGACACUGAGGAAGGUGAUAGGAACAGUAAUUUAGGCCAUGAUACUAUUGAUAGAGAAGAAGUACAAGGUAAUGAAGGGCAAUCCGAGAAUGCUUUGAUCUUGAAGGGUUAUCCAUCACUGGUAACAGAUGAUACUGAAGAGUCCAGCAACUUGGAAUUUGAUAGAAAGCGUGAUCUGUCGGUGGAAGCUAGGGUUAGCAAUGAUGUUCCAGCUACAAAUUUUGUUCUUAGUAAUGAUAAUUUGGGGGAUCCUGUUGGAGUGCCACCCGAGUGGACCCCACCUAAUGUUAGUGUCCCUCUUUUGAAUUUAGUUGACAAGAUAUUUCAGCUUAAGAAAAGAGGUUGGAUAAGAAGACAGGUCUUUUGGAUGUCAAAACAGAUAUUACAGUUGGUGAUGGAAGAUGCUAUUGAUGAUUGGCUCCAGAGGCAGAUUCAUUGGCUUCGGAGAGAAGACACUGUUGCACAAGGGAUUCGGUGGGUCCAAGAUGUCCUUUGGCCUGGUGGUACGUUCUUUUUGAGAGUAGGGACACCUCAGAUAACAAAUGGUGGCAGUAAUCAAAAGCCUUCUCAGACAAUGGGAGAAUCCGGGGGGCACAACAUCAUGAAGCAUGAAUCUGGGUCGUUUGAGCAACAGCUUGAGGCUGCUCGUAGAGAAAGUGACAUCAAGAAACUGCUGUUUGACGGAGCUCCAACAACUUUAGUCAGCUUAAUCGGGCAUAAGCAAUACAGACGUUGUGCGAGGGAUAUAUAUUACUUCAGUCAGUCUACUAUAUGUGUGAAGCAACUUGCCUAUGCAAUUCUGGAACUUCUACUUGUCACCAUAUUUCCUGAGAUGAGGAAUGUUGUGUUGAGUAUUCAUCAUGAGAAUGUUCAUCAACCAUCAUGAGAAUAUGAAUGCCUGUCUAUGUUGUUGUACAUGAAAUUGGGAAGACCAUGUUUUGGUUGUUUGGUGCCAUAGGUGCAAGAACAAGAGGCACGGCCGAUGAUUUGGGAAAUUGGCGAUUGGAUUUGCAUCUCUUUCUAAUUGUAUAAAACUUAGAUGUAGGGUUUGUACAGCAACAAUCAAGUUGUGUCACUAUGUUUUCUCAAGGCAUAUAUAUACCCCAUUUCCAUGGGGAUUUUGUAUUUGUUACAAAUAGGUUGGAGAAUUGCAUCUAGUGAAUAUUCUUUAUUCGUUAGUUAUUGGGUUUUGAGGCUCUUUUGCUUAACUUGGUGUUGCUCAAUAGUUACUAUAUACUAAUGUUUUCAAUUUUGAGUAUGUAUCUAGUGAGAUGACUUUGACUUUCUUAUGAUAAA